AUAUAUCUGCACCGUGUUUGUGAUCAAAAUUUUUCAUUUUCUCUUUCUUUCUCGGAAAGCAAAUGGAGAGGGUUGAUUCAUCAAUGGUGGCUCGAGGUCGUUUGGCUGUUCUCUCAGCUCACCUUUCAGCUUCCGUCGAAUCCGAAGCCUUCGUACCUGUUAUCGAGGCCUCGUGCGUCUCCUCUCAAUCGGUGAUCGCACCGCCUCCGAAUCUGAAGGGUUCGCUGACCAUCAUCGACGAGAGGACUGGUAAGAAGCACCAAUUUCAGGUCUCUGAGGAAGGAACUGUCAAAGCUACAGAUUUCAAGAAGAUAACAACAGGAAAGAAUGACAAGGGGCUCAAACUUUAUGAUCCGGGCUAUCUCAACACCGCUCCUGUCCAGUCAUCAAUCUGUUACAUUGAUGGUGAUGAGGGGAUCCUUAGAUAUAGGGGUUACCCAAUUGAGGAGUUAGCGGAGGGUAGUUCCUUUCUGGAAGUGGCCUACCUUCUAUUGUAUGGCAAUUUACCUACUGAAAAUCAGUUAGCUGAUUGGGAAUUUGCUGUUUCUCAGCAUUCAGCUGUCCCACAGGGAAUUUUGGAUAUCAUACAGGCAAUGCCUCAUGAUGCUCACCCCAUGGGUGUUCUAGUCAGUGCAAUGAGUGCUCUUUCUGUCUUUCAUCCUGAUGCCAAUCCUGCUCUCAGAGGCCAAGAUUUAUACAAGUCUAAACAAGUAAGAGAUAAACAAAUAGUGCGUAUACUUGGGAAGGCACCAACAAUUGCAGCAGCUGCUUAUUUGAGGAUGGCAGGAAGGCCUCCUGUUCUUCCCUCUAGCAACCUUUCUUAUUCAGAAAACUUCUUAUAUAUGCUAGAUUCAUUAGGUAAUAGGUCUUAUAAACCCAAUCCUCGACUAGCGCGUGUGCUGGACAUUCUCUUUAUAUUACAUGCAGAACAUGAAAUGAAUUGCUCCACAGCUGCUGCUAGGCAUCUAGCAUCAAGUGGUGUUGAUGUAUACACAGCUCUUGCUGGAGCAGUUGGAGCACUGUAUGGUCCUCUUCAUGGUGGAGCAAAUGAGGCCGUGCUUAAAAUGUUGGGCGAGAUUGGAACUGUUGACAAUAUUCCAGAGUUCAUUGAAGGUGUGAAAAACAGGAAGCGAAAGAUGUCAGGUUUUGGGCACCGUGUCUACAAAAACUACGAUCCCAGAGCAAAGGUCAUAAGGAAACUGGCAGAGGAAGUUUUUUCAAUCGUUGGCCGGGAUCCUCUCAUCGAGGUGGCUGUUGCUUUGGAGAAAGCUGCACUAUCGGAUGAGUAUUUUGUUAAGAGGAAACUAUAUCCAAAUGUUGAUUUCUACUCUGGGUUAAUUUAUAGGGCCAUGGGUUUCCCAACGGAGUUCUUUCCUGUUUUGUUUGCAAUCCCUCGUAUGGCUGGCUACUUGUCACAUUGGCGAGAGUCCCUGGAUGACCCUGAUACAAAGAUAAUGAGACCGGCACAGGUGUACACUGGUGUAUGGUUGCAGCAUUACAUGUCACUCAAAGAACGAAUGGUGACCACCGAGGCAGAUAAACCCGGUCAGGUAUCUAUUUCAAAUGCCACCAGGCGUCGUUUGGCUGGGUCUGGGGCUUAGGCAUUAAACUUGGUCGGCAUCAAAAUUUUAAUGGUCAGAGAAAUAAAAAUCAAAUUUGCUUUGAGAAAAGCAUUUUACUGCUAGAUUUGGUCAAGUGAUAUGUAGUUAGAGGAUAAAUAAGAAGACAAGCGCUCAGGAACAUUUUGUAUUAAAUAAACAAACGUGAUUCAAAAUCAGAUUAAUUUUGAACAAAAUUUGAGUCUUCAGCAUGUUCAUACUUGAUUCUUAAUUGGCCUGUGUUUAUGUAUAUGUAGCCAUGGUUCCUA